UUUUGAGGACUCUUUGGGCACCGUAAAAGGAAAGAUGGCCCACCUCCUCUUGAAGCCUGGUGCUACACCUCGUUUUUGUAAGGCAAGAUCAGUACCUUUUGCCUUGCGAAAAAAAGUGGAAGCAGAGCUGGACCACCUAUUGGCUGAAAAGAUCAUAACGAAAGUGGAUAGAAGUGAAUGGGCAUCACCAAUUGUGCCUGUCAAGAAAAAGAAUGGAGACAUUAGGAUUUGUGGUGAUUUCAGGGUAGCUCUGAACAACCAACUUCUUGUGGAUCAAUACCCAUUGCCUCGACUUGAAGAUUUAUUUGGCUCACUGGCUGGGGGGCAAAAGUUUACAAAAAUAGACUUAAAGCAAGCUUACCUGCAACUGCAAGUACACCCAGAUUCACGCCAUCUGUUGACCAUUAACACUCAUAAAGGAUUAUUCCAGUAUAACCGCAUGGUUUUUGGCAUAGCCCCAGCUCCAGCCAUCUGGCAGCGGAUCAUGGAUGAGGUACUGGCAGGAAUACCUUUCACCCAAUGUCUACUGGAUGACAUGCUCAUCACUGGUCCCACUGAUGAAGAACACAGAAAGAAUGUUGAAGCUGUGCUAGAGAGACUCCAAAAGUAUGGUUUACGUGUCAAUCUUUCAAAAUGCGAAUUUCUCAAGUCUCAACUGGAGUUUUGUGCCCACACGGUGGACCGACAUGGGUUACACACUACUGAAGAAAAGGUUAAAGCCCUUACCCAUGCCCCUACCCCCCGGAAUGUCACCCAGCUCAGGUCCUACCUUGGCCUCCUAAAUUACUACCACCGUUUCUUGCCGAACCUAGCACACCAGCUCUACCCAUUACAUCGCUUACUGGAUGCAAGAGCUAAAUGGAUAUGGACAGACAAAUGUGAAGAAGCUUUUCGGCUUUCUAAAGAACUCAUUCUGUCUUCUCGAGUUCUGGUCCACUAUGAUUUAAAGAAACCUGUCAUCCUGGCUUGUGAUGCCUCGCCUUAUGGACUGGGUGCCGUGCUUUCCCAUGUCAUGCCGGAUGGCACGGAGCGCCCCAUUUCUUUUGCCUCCAGGUCUUUAACCUCAGCAGAACAAAACUACUCCCAGAUUGACAAGGAAGCUUUGGCCAUUGUAUGGGCCACAAAAAAAUUUCACGCGUACAUCUAUGGUCGGGAGUUCACACUUAUCACUGACCACAAACCUCUGUUGUCAAUACUGAACCCUCAGAAAGGAAUUUCUACAACAACCGCAUCUCGCUUACAAAGGUACGCUUUAUUUUUAGGAGCUUAUGCUUAUUCUAUCAGAUACCGCUCCCAUGAUACCCAUGGCAAUGCAGAUGCAUUUUCCAGAUUGCCACUAAGAGAUGACCACCCACUAAGAGAGGUACGUGUAGUGGAAGUACACAGGCCACAAUCUUGCAUGUCCACCUCCCUGAUUGCCAGACAUACAGCCACAGAUCCUUUCCUGUCUCAGAUAUUCUCUUAUGUUCAGACUGGAUGGCCAGAGAGAGUUUCAGGUGAAUUUCGUCCGUACUUUGCCAGAAAAUGUGAGCUUGUGACUAAUGCUGGUUGCCUACAAUGGGGCAAUAGAGUGAUUGUACCCCAGUACUUGCAAUCAACCAUGCUAAGGAUACUGCAUGAAGGCCAUCCUGGUGUGGUGCGCAUGAAGCAGCGAGCCCGGAGCUAUGUUUGGUGGCCACAAAUGGAUACAGCAAUUGAAGAUUAUGUUGCUCAAUGUCCUGGGUGCUGUCAAGCCCAGCGACCCCAAAAGAGAGGAACCCUGCAACCUUGGCCAUGGCCAACAGAACCGUGGUCCAGACUCCAUCUUGAUUUUGCUGGCCCCAUCCAGGGUAAAAUGUAUUUGAUCGUGGUAGAUGCGCAUUCAAAAUGGCCGGAGGUUUUUCAAAUGCCUUCUAUUACCUCAGCUGCUACCAUUCUAGUCUUAAGGAAGCUCUUUGCUCAAUAUGGCUUGCCAACAGCCAUAGUCUCCGACAAUGGAACUCAAUUUACAUCGCAUGAGUUUCAAUCCUUCCUUAGUGGCUUGGGCGUCCAACACUACAAAACAGCUCCUUAUCAUCCAGCUUCAAAUGGGCUGGCAGAACGAUUUGUGCAGACAUUUAAGAAGCACUUACUGUCCACUCUGGACCAGGUUGGACUGUCAGAAGAGAAGCUGCUGGAAUUCUUGAUCAUGUACCGUAACACGAAACACGCUACUACUGGGCUGUCACCGGCUUUUCUUAUGUUUGGCAGGCAUCUCCGCACCAAACUUGAUUUAGUUCGUCCGCAGGAACAGUCACCAACACCUCCUCCGCCGGGCCGUCUGGGAUUCCGUGCCGGUGAUCUUGUAUGGUCUCGGAAUUACAGAGCUUUGCCUCCUUGGCUUCCUGGCGUUAUUGAUGGAACGUUUGGCAGAAGAAUGUACCUUGUCCGCCUGGAGGAAGGCAUUUGUGUUCGGCGACACCUUUCACAAUUGAGGAAACGCAUUUGCCGGCCACUAGUGACAAAACCGACCCCUCUUUCUAACCACCCACCAGAGUCUACUCUGAACUCUGCUGGUGACAUAUGGCAUGGUGUCUGGCAUGAUCCCACAAGUUUACAACCAAACCCUGAACCGGUUGGUGACCAGAUUCCUGAGGAGCCCGGACAUGUGCCUGGAGUUACAGAGACUGAUUUGUCUGUGGGACGCCCACUGACAUCUCCAGAACCUUUGACUGACUCUAUCCCUCCCAGUGCUGUGCCUCUGCGUAAGUCUACCCGUCAAAGACGUCAAACGCCUCGCUGGCAAAGUGCUGAAAUAUUACGGGACACAUUGGAGGUCAGGGAACAGAGACAAAGGGCUCAUGAAGUGCUGCGGAAAUCACAGAACUGA